UCGACACAUGAAAGUCAAUAGAUGAAGAAGAGAUAAUGUUAUUAGGAAAAUGUGUAAUCAUUAGUUGAAUUUAAAUUUCGAGGAAUCGUUACAAUGUAAAAAAGAUAUGGAAUACUGGUUAAUCUGUGCUUUUAUUGUAGGAGCCAUAUUUGAAACAGCGAGAUGUUCAGGCAGUGGUGGAAGAUGUUAUAGUGGCAGUCAAUUGGAAUGUGAGCAGGUCUGGACAAACCUUUGGAAUGCCGAGUACGAAAGGAAAUACACUGUCGUCUGCCAGCACUUCACAGAGGUGCACAAAUGCACAAUGUCUCACCAGAAAAGCUGCCCAUUUACGAAACUAGAACUAGAGCUAUAUGAGAAAGACAUUGUGCAGUAUUACGUGAACAAGCCACACAGCUGCCCACUCAUUGGUGGAAAUAUUGAGUAUCGUGGAACCUACGGAGAUGAUGACACAGAAAAAUCAGCCAGUCAUCGUGCAACUGGCGCCCACUCACUCUGGACUUUGUUUAGUGUUUCUCUUUGUGUUUUGUUAGUGUUGCUUUAAAUUCUUGAAUGUUGAGAUGCUCAUGUAAUGAGUUUGUUACAAUAAAUAUUUAUCACUU